GACGACCGUAUAUUCCUACCAGUGAUACACAACUCGAUCGCUUUCGACACUGCGCAGCGAACGACUCCCUCUAGUUUUCACUCGCGAUUGCCGGUCAUGGAGUCUCAUCCGACGACCAUGGAGUACGAAAAUAGCGAACAUAGACCGUCUUCAGAGGAUACGCAGAUUCCGCACAGUCCCGUUACAGAUGUCGAAAAGGCGUCCGCUCCUGAACGUAGUGAUUCGGACCCACAGCCUUCUCAAAAAGCUAAAGAAGACCCGUUUGGCGAUGAAAAAGACGCCCAAGUCAAAUAUCGAACGCUGACAUGGUGGCAAGCGGGCUUCAUUAUGAUCGCGGAGACCAUCUCUUUGGGCAUUUUGUCUCUCCCCUCUGCGUUAGCGGCUAUCGGACUGGUACCUGGCCUCAUUCUCCUGUUGAGUCUAGGUGUGCUUGCAACCUACACGGGAUAUGUAAUCGGCCAGUUCAAGAUCAAAUAUCCUUUUGUGCAUAGCUUAGGUGAUGUCGGCGAGGUUCUUCUUGGGCCAUGGGGCCGAGAAAUAGGUGGAGCAGCGCAGACCAUCUUCCUCAUCUUUGUUAUGGGAAGUCACAUCCUGACAUUCACAAUCGCAAUGAAUGUCAUUACAGGACACGCAACAUGCACGAUUAUAUGGGGCGUCGUCGCAUUUGUAGUCUUAUGGCUAUGCACACUACCGAGAACUUUGGAGAAAGUAUCUUAUCUCAGUAUAGCUUCAUUUGCGUCCAUUGUCGCCGCUGUACUUAUCACGAUGAUCGGCGUAGGGGUCGACCCAGCACCAAAUCUGCAGCUGCACGCCACCCGCGAGAUUGCCUUUGUCCCAGCUUUCCUGGCAGUUUGCAACAUCAUCUUCGCCUAUGCAGGUCAUGUCGCCUUCUUCAGCUUCAUCAGCGAGCUCCGUGAUCCCAGGGACUUCCCGAAAUCUCUCAUCAUGCUCCAGACUACCGACAUCACUAUGUACACUAUUGUGGCUAUCGUAGUCUAUCGUUACGCAGGAUCCGAAGUUGCAAGCCCCGCCCUGGGAAGUACGAGCCAUACCGUGAUGAAGGUUGCGUAUGGAGUUGCACUACCAACUAUCCUCCUCGCAGGUGUCAUCUACGGUCACGUUGCUAGUAAAUACGUCUACGUGCGACUCUUCCGCGGGACCAAGCACAUGUCCACACGAACACCUCUUGCGCUCGGUACCUGGGCUGGCAUCACCUUUGUCUUCUGGCUCAUCGCAUGGAUCAUCGCUCAAUCGAUCCCCUCGUUUAGUACGCUUCUCGGUCUCAUUUCAGCACUCUUUGCUUCAUGGUUUACGUACGGUAUGAGCGGCGCCUUGUGGCUAUACCUCAACCACGGCAGAUACACCCAGAACUGGAAGAAAAUGUGUUUGACGGCGUUGAACAUCUGGUUGGUAAUUAUGGGUUUCGUCAUCUGUGGUGUGGGCCUAUAUGCAAGUGGGAAGACCAUACAUGAAAACACUGGCGGGGCAAGCUGGACUUGUGGGGAUAAUAGUUUGUAA